AUGACCACGAUACCAUUGCCGACCGAGAACCUUGGUCCCGCCGCCGACUUUGUGAGGCCAGACUUCCACCAGGUCAACCUAAACAUCGAGAACUACCUCAAGCAGGAGCGCAACUUCAAGCUCGAUUCCGAUGAGCAGAUCUGUCGAAUGAAUCUGCAGCCAGAGGGCUGCAUCUUUGAGCACAACUGUCCCCUGCGACACACGCAGCCGGCCCCGAUCAACUUCAAGCCGCAGCCGCCGCUCCCGACGCACCCGCGUGAGCGCGAGAAGAAGACGACCGUGUGCAAGCACUACCUCCGUAACCUGUGCAAGGUCGGCGACAACUGCGAGUACACACAUGACUGGAACUUGCGCACGAUGCCGACGUGUGUCUGGUUCGUCAAGCUCGGCAAGUGCGAGCUCGGUGGCGAGUGCCUCUACUACCACCCGAAAGACCGGCGCGUCGAGUGCCCCGACUACAACAGAGGUUUCUGCAGGCUGGGCCCUGAGUGCCCGCGGCGGCACGUUCGGCGAACACUGUGCCAGGCGUAUCUCGCUGGAUUCUGUCCCGACGGACCAGACUGCAAGCAAGCUCACCCUUCGCCCAAGCUUCCCGAUCCCGAGUCUUAUGUCAACCCGCCCGUGCCGGACCCGAAGCAGUCCGGACCUCCGCCCCAGCUUCCCGCUGGAUACGGACGAUGGAGAGAGUACAAGUAUGACCCGAACGCCGUUGUUGUCCCCGCGCCCGCCUGGACCGAGGGUGGAAGUCUACAGGGAUGGCGUGCUGGUGGCUUCCUGUCUGGCCACGCCCGACGAGGAGAUCACCGCGACCGCGACGGCGGCGGUGAGGAUGGCGGACGCAGAGGAGGAUGGGUCAAGGACCUCAGCACUAUCCUUUGCUUCAGGUGUAACCAGUACGGACACUUUGCGAACCAGUGCCCGAACGAUGCCGUCCCCGGAGACCGCGGCGGCCUGCGCGGCGGCGGCGGUCGUUAA